UAUUUUUUGUUUUUUGAGUUAUAUAUGUAUAUAUAUUCUUCGUGUCCUCCUCUUCUCGAACCCAUGGAGCUCGAAUCCGAAGAAGGGGCGAAGAUCCCCAUGAAGCGGGGCUCCACGACCCACAUCGGAAGAGCCCUAGGGUUUCCGUCGGGCCCUUCCUCCUCCGAUCGCACCGUCUCCCGCCGCCACCUCUCCCUCCGCCAUGACGAAUUCGAGCUCCAGUUCGAAGUAAUCGGGAGGAAUCCCAUCGUGGUUCGGAGCGCCAAUGGUGGGGGCGAUAGGGUUUAUCGGAACUCGGAGAAGGGCGAGCUGAAACGUGGGGAUCGGGUCUCCUUAUCCCUAAAAACCCCAUUUUUUUGGGUUGUGAGGAGAGUGGGAGGAAGGGGGGAGGAGGGGGAGGUGGAUAGGGCGGUGUUGGAUGCGGUGGAGAGGAGGGAGAAGAGGACAUUGGAGAGGAGGAGGAGGAGGGAGGAGGAAGAGGCGGCUAGGGCUCCGAUUUAUGGAGGAGAAGUAGAUGACGAAGUGUUUAAUGCAGCGCUGGAAUCGGAUUUGGCUCAUUUGGAUCUCCCCCAAAUUGAUCCAGUUCAAGAGUUCGGAUUCAUAGUGAUGGGUCACGAAUUUGACAAUUACCCGAAGCAAAAGCUCCGUCCUAUGAAGAGUUGGAAUUGGUAUCUUGAGGAACCAAGAGAGAAGAACUCUGAUGAAGAGGAAGGAGCAGCAGCCAAUGAUGAAGCAGUCACUUUAAAGGGUAAAAGCAAGAAUAGGAGAAGAAAAAAUAGCGGCAAAGAAGGCGAAGACGAGGAUUGGAUGGGGGAGAGCGAGGACGAGGAGGAGUUCAUCUCAAAAUCCGGAAGUGCCAAGAGAUCUAAAUAUUCUACAAGAUCUAAGGACCCCAAAAAACCACGUAGUGAUUCGAUGCAACGUAAAGGUGUUAUGGGUUAUAAAGAUGGAGAGUAUGGGGAAGGCGAGGAAGACGAGACCUUGGGAGGUUUUAUUGUUGACAAUGACGACGAAGAGGAAGCAACAUUGGAUGAGGAAGAAGAGGAAUUUGAUGAAGAAUAUGAUGGCGACGACGAUAAUGAUUGAUUAGGCGCCGAGGUGUUUUUGCAUCAUGGGUGAAGUCAAACUAUGGAGAAUAGAGUAAGUUUAGUUUUUUGGUUUGUUGUAUCAUAGUUUGUAAAUAUGUUGGUUGUGAAUAAUGUUUUGAUAAUUGUUGAUCAAUAUUCAAUAGUUCUUUUUUUUGUCUUAUUAA